AUGAGAAAACUUGAACUUAUUGGAGUGCUACUGGCAGCCCAGGCAAAGCUGUCAUCAGGUUGCCAUCCUCAUGGUCACCUCGUCAGAGAGGAGGAAAAGUGCAUGACAGAUCUGCUGCAUUUUCAGUCACACCACGCAACAGAAAACAAUAGUAUACACUGUAAGGGAAUGUGGGAUGACCUUAACUGCUGGCCACCUGCUUCUCUCGGGGAAACUGUCUCUCAGCCAUGUCCGGACUUUUUCAACGCGGAAGGUAAAGUGUAUCGUAACUGCACUGCCAAUGGAUGGACAGACCCGCUUGUUCCGCAUGAAGACGCAUGUGGCUACACUUUCAAUGAGACACUCCACUUUCUCCCAGAGCCACCAGAUUCUCAUUUGUAUUUCUCCUACGUGAAGACCAUGUAUACAGCUGGAUAUGCAAUAUCUCUCAUCUCUCUCACCAUCGCCAUCACCAUAUUCUGUCUGUUUAGGAAGCUACACUGUACCAGGAACUACAUUCACAUCCAGCUGUUCAUCUCCUUUAUCCUGAAAGCAAUCUUCAUCUUCAUCAGAGACUCUCUGCUAUUCACCGAUGAAGAGCUCUACCACUGUGACUAUUACCCGGUGGCAUGCAAAGUCGUGGUGAUGUUUUCAAACUACUCCAUCCUGGCAAACUACAGCUGGCUGCUGGUGGAAGGUCACUUCCUGUUUACGCUGGUGAGCCGCUCCUUCUUCUCCCUGAAGAAACACUUCGUCUGGUACAUCAUCCUCAGCUGGGGUAUACCAAUGAUCAUUAUUCUCUCCUGGGGUUGUGCCAAGUAUUUUUAUGAGGAUGAAGGCUGUUGGGAAACCAGGAUACAUGAAUGGAUAUUGUGGAUACUUCGAGUUCCAGUUUUGCUCAGUAUAUUUAUGAAUCUCAUCUUUUUCAUGGGCAUUUUGAGGAUACUGGUGAGCAAACUGAGAAUGCCAGAUUCACAGAGGAAUGAAUUCAGCCAGUAUAAGAGGCUGAUCAAAUCCACAUUUUUCCUGGUGGCUCUGUUUGGUCUGCAGUACAUCCUGUUUGUUUUCUUACCAAUUCAAGUCAGCAGCUUAGUGUUUAAGAUAUGGACCUCUGCUGAGCUGGCUCUGUCAUCCACACAGGGUUUUGUGGUCGCGGUCCUCUACUCUUUCAUGAACGGAGAGGUGCAGAUUGAGAUCCAGAGGAGAUGGAGGAGGUGGAAGCUGACUCAGCACCUGCCCAGUCGACCCAGGCAGUAUCGCAGCUCCAUCAGCCAGAGCGGGUCUCCUCACACACAGGUCUCUCUGCUGCCUUGCUCUCCAGGCAGUCCGACUACCAGUGGGCUCCCUGUGGAUACUCUGGACGUGAUCUAA